UCUGCUGCUUUCACUUACAUCUUCUUUUCCCUCUUCCUUCUCUAGCUUUAAACCAUCACCAGGAUUCUUUUUUUUUUUAAACCUUUUUUUUUUUUUUCUUCUUCUUCUUCAUCCCUUCUGUUGUUUGGCCCAUCCAAGAAGGCCUCCUCCUGGAAGCACUGCUCUCUUCUUCUUCUCUCAACCAUCAAGGCUGUUUUGACGUUUUUCUAUGAGGCUCUAGCGAUCCGGUUUGUCAUCAGGGUGAACAAGAUGCCACGCUCCUUUUUAGUGAAGCAGCCGAAGGUUCACGACUUCUCAUCUUCCAGCUACUACCACCAGCAGCAGCAGCAGUGGGACGACUCGUACACUGUGACACAUGCCAUCACUGAGUCGGCCACCAACUUGGCGGUGCGUUUGAGCGAAAACGGCUACAUCCACGAUUACAUCAUCCCCUCAGUGUUGUCGAGCACAAAGGAGUCGGGUCAUGGGCAGACCGGGCUCUCCACGGAGCCCCUGUACUCCCCAGGCGGCAGCGUCGGUGAAGAGUUCUCCGACCACGACAUGGAGCAUCCGGACAGCCCCGUCUCCAGCGGCACCCUGGAGUCCGACGUCAGCGGCCACGAGUUAGAGUCGUGCGGCAUCAACGCUUUCCUCGUUUCGGAUGGACGCUCUCGCCGGCGGUCCAACAAGCGGUCACCCUGGAAAGCCGGCAGCCAAUCGGACAGCGGCGAGGAUGCCGAGUCAGCGGACAGCAGCCCCGCCAAAGGGACGUCCAAAGGGCGCCACAUGUGCGGCGAGUGUGGCAAGUCGUACGCGACGUCAUCCAACCUGAGCAGACACAAGCAGACUCACCGCAGCCUGGACAGCCAGCAGGCCAGGAAGUGCAACACGUGCCACAAAGUGUACGUGUCCAUGCCGGCGCUCGCCAUGCACAUGCUGACCCACAACCUGAAGCACGAGUGCACGGUGUGCGGGAAGGCCUUCAGUCGGCCGUGGCUCCUGCAGGGCCACAUGAGGUCCCACACCGGGGAGAAGCCGUUCGCCUGCGCCCACUGCGGCAAGGCGUUCGCCGACCGCUCCAACCUGCGCGCCCACAUGCAGACGCACUCGGCCUUCAAGCACUACUCCUGCAAACGCUGCAACAAAACCUUCGCCCUCAAGUCCUACCUGAACAAGCACUACGAGUCGGCCUGCUUCAAAGGUCACCAAGGAGACGAUGACGACUGCAGCUCUGAGGACUGAUGAAGAAAUAGCUUUCUUUUUCGCUUUUCUACUUAAACACUUUUUUCAAUAAUUCAAAACAUCAAAGUCAGAGAAAACGUCUCUUCUCUUCUCGUUCUCAGGCUUGUCACAUGCAUGCAUCAUAAUCCUGCCUUUUUGAUAAGCAAUAACCUCACUUUAAAUUAUUCAGGAAUCAUGUAUGAAACCCAUAAAAGUCAGUAUGUAAAAUAUUUUAUAUCGUUUUUUUAAUAUAAAUUGAAUUGCAAUAAUUUAAAUGCCAGUGUUAUUUUCUAUGCCGAUGACUAGCUCUUAAUUUACCUCAAACUAUUUCUUAUUUGUUCAAAUGAUGAAUUUGCCGUAUUUAUUAAUUUAUUUAACUAUUUAUUUGCCAAUGUUGAAAAUUAUUUAUUUAUUAUUGGUUGAUGUAUUCGUGAAUUUUAACAUGGAUUUAUGAGAAAAGC